AUGUGGACGACGCGGACGAUGCGGACGACGAUGAACUGUUCCUGGAAGCCACGCCGACAAGGCGGCGCAGCCUUGGGGGCUCGCUGGGUACCGGGGGUCGUGCAAGGCGGCAGAGCACGAGCCAAAGUUGUUGCCAGCACCAUCGCCGCAAAAGUCAAUGUUGAAGACAAUGUGCUGCUUGGAGAUGUACGAGUCGACGUCGCAGUUGGGCUUGCCGACGUACGACCGAGGGAUGCCCCAGCCCGACGGAUCGGGGUUGGCGCUACCAAUGUCGUUGGGCAGGUCGGGGCUGCCGUGCUUCCAGCUCCAAACCUUGAUGGAGUCGCUAGUCCACUCGACGGCAUAGAUGCCACCGUUGGGGUUGGCAAAGGGGCUGGUGGCUGCUGCAGAGCCAGCCGCUUCCUCGAUGGAGCAACCAGUGCCGGGGUACUGAAUGGGUGGAUUGUCGAUGGUGUUGUCACAGUUGGAACUCAGGAUCUCGCCGGUAAACUUGGAAGGAUCUUUGGCCAGAGUGCAUUUGCUGCCAGCUGA